GUCAGUGGAAGUAACCUCAAUCCGACCAUAACGCUAGCCACAUUCUUUGCGCGGUUUAUCUCCUAGCCAUGUAUGGUUCUCUACCUGGCCGGCCAAAUCCUCGGCGGAGCUCUGGCCGGGUCGUUCGGAUCCGGACAGUAUAGUGUCGGUGGGUGUGUAGUUGAUACCGCCCUAGUGCCAGUCCGAGAAGCUUUUAGAAUCCUCGUAUACGCGGGAAGGCUAGGAGGGUGCAUGUAUGGUUUUCUCAUAUUGACUGUGCCGUACAGCAAGCGUUGAAGUAUAAUGAAGCCAAUUCGGAUAUAUAGCACUCAAUCCGGCGAGAUGCUUCGGUGUAUACGUGGGAUCAUCCUUUCCCGGGUACCAUUGGAUUAACU